AUGAAGUCGUUCGUCUUUACUCUUGUGGAAGUGAUAAAAAAACGUUUCUGGUCCCUGCAGGAAACUGAGAAGAUAAGAGAUGUAAUUUAUACUGAGAAAAGGUUUCCGUGCUCAAAGAAUCUGAACGCCGGAGUCUUCUCCGGUCGGGAUCCUCCGUCCGGCAAGGGCCUCACCACCCAUUGUCGGCGACGACCAGCCGCAGAUUGCCAGGCAGUUCUACCUAACCGAAGAAAAAAUGGGGGCUACCAAAGGGCCGAGCUUGGCCCGGCACUGGAUCGCCACCAUGGCCGUUCUCGCUGGCAUGCCCUCAGCGGUGGUUCUCUGGGAACAGGUGACGCCGGAAAAUCGUCGCAGCUUGGUACGAACAUUAAUGGCGGUUUCAACUGUCCACACAAUAAGUGA